AGCCUGGGAACCUGACGGAUCCUCAGGAGGCAGAGAGGAGGCAGAUUUGGAAGGAGUGAAACACUGAAGUGAUAAUGCUGUGAAGUGAGGUGCUCAGGGAAAGCGCAAACAGCUUGUGUUUGUCCUAAUCUGUACCCUGAAGUCAUUCUGUUGGGGAUCUGCUCUCAGGAGACUCGCUCUGCAGCAUCAUGGGAGCCUCUGCUAGAAAGGGAUCACUCCCCUCGUGGCUCCCUCUGCUCGUGCUGUGUGUCGUCUCUUCUCUCUGCCAGGACGAAUAUUCUGGAUACCACUCAGCGGGAGAACACACGUAUGACCAGUCAUCUGCAGUCGACCACUACAACCAGGUGGCCUCUCAGAGACCAGAGUACCAGCCUGAGUCGACCGAUGAGUACGAGGAGGAGGACUACGACUCCACUCGGGUCACCAUGAUCACUGAGGAUACCUAUCCCUACGCCACCCCCACCGAGUCCCACUACGCCACGGAGGACACCGAGACCAUGCAGGUGCCGUACAAGUACCCAGAAACAGGCUCCUCUGAGGAGUCAGGAGGGGACUCGGCGCUGGGCGAGGAGGGUCCGACUGAAUGCGACUGUGAACCAGGGGAGCCCGGAUUUGCGGGUUUUGCUGGGCCCAAGGGUUCCAGAGGUGUUCAGGGUCAGACUGGUCAACCAGGAACUCAAGGCAGAGAGGGUUACAAAGGGACCAAAGGGGUUCAGGGCAGAGGAGGAGAGGCUGGACCAGCCGGCGAUCCUGGAGCUGAGGGAGAGGAAGGAGCUUCUGGUUUCUCUGGAGGGAUGGGAGAACCUGGAGUGCCAGGUGACCCGGGGGAGCGUGGAGAGCUCGGUCUGAAGGGGGAGGUCGGGAUGGAGGGGCCUAGCGGAGGAGUCGGAGCUUCUGGUGAGACUGGGCCUCCUGGGGACCCUGGCAUUACAGGAUCAAGAGGAGCUAAAGGUAUCAAGGCGUCUCGUGGUGACCAAGGCAAACAGGGAUCUCAAGGAAAAGAUGGACCAAAGGGUCAGACGGGAGCGCCAGGGUUUCCAGGUGACCUCGGGGAGAGAGGAUACACUGGUUACUCAGGUCCGUCAGGAACCAGCGGACAGAGUGGCCCAAAGGGUACUAAAGGUUUCAGUGGAAUUCCAGGCAGCGACGGUGACCCUGGAGAAGAUGGUCCUAUCGGAGUCCCAGGGUUGUCGGGGGAGCCUGGACAAUUUGGUAUCAAGGGCAGUAAAGGAGAUGAUGGUGUCAGAGGACCUCGAGGAAGAGAGGGCAAAGUGGGGGCUCAAGGAGAACCGGGAGAUGCUGGAUUGCUGGGAAAACCAGGAGUAAAGGGCCUCCAGGGCCAGACAGGGCCUAAAGGUGAGACGGGGCCUGACGGUGUCAAGGGCGCAUCUGGAAGGACUGGCAUAAAAGGUGAAACAGGACAAAAGGGAGGCGUGGGCGAUGGAGGAGACAAGGGACAGCGAGGGCUGAAGGGAGGAGCUGGUCCUGCUGGUGGGCCCGGCCCUGUUGGACCACCGGGAAUGCCGGGGACCAGAGGAGACCGCGGCACCAUCGGUGACCUGGGCGUUAAAGGGCAAGGAGGACCAAAGGGAACUCAUGGUCCAGCUGGUCCUGGUCUGACUGAUGAGCAGGUCCUGCAGCUCUGCAUAGGUGUGGUCACGGCCCAGAUCUCCCAGUAUGCCCAGGCAAUCCGGGGCAAGUGCUCGCAGGGUUGUCCCAUCAACAACCGGACACUGAUUGGACCCCCGGGAGGCCAGGGACCAUCAGGACCACCAGGCAAAACCGGUAAAGCAGGAAAAGCUGGAGCAAAAGGAUCCCCGGGUGUUCAAGGUGACAGAGGGCUGGAGGGACAGAUGGGAGCUCAGGGCGACAGAGGUCGGAAGGGAACCAAAGGCAUCAGAGGUGAUUCAGGUAGAGGCCUGCAAGGUCCCGAUGGACCACAAGGACUCAGAGGUUUGCCGGGUCAACCAGGAGAACCCAAGAAUGGUAUGGAGGGUGCCCGGGGGCCUCGAGGUUUUCCCGGUCCGGUGGGUGUACUGGGGAUGCUCGGUAACCCAGGCGUGCCAGGAUUUUGCGAGGCGCGGGACUGCAGCAUUUAUGCGCCGGUGAUGCGCAAGGAGCAGGGUCUCGUAAAAGGACCCACAAAUUCAGAAACCUAGACCUGAACAGAAGCGCCAUGGACCAUUAUGGGACGAUUGGGUUUCUGAUGGCAGUCGUUUUUAAUCCCAGUGAUGACACCCCUGGAAACUGGCUUUUAAUGGAGAAAAUCAUUUUAACUACAUUUGUGACUAGGUAUUUUCUUGGGUUUUUUAACGCUGUGAUUAAAUUGUCAGUUUGUACUCUGUGUAGAAAUAAAUUCAGAAAAAAACUUUCAUCUGACCCAGAAAGGGCUCCAAAAAAACUCUGAAAUCCUAAAGUGGGUCAUACUUAAUUAUACUGAACUAACUACACAAUGAUAUAUUCCGGAAACAUUUCAAAUGUCUUUUGAUUUGAUAAAACAAGUAAAUAAUUUGCCAACACUUAUAAAUAAAACUUGUUUUUAUUUUCUCUGGAACCUGGUUAAAUAAAUAAUGCUAUGUAAAUAUUAUGUAAAGAAGCUGAAUUACAUGUACUGUGCUCUCAAUACCAUUUCAGAUAAAUUUGUGGUUUUUUUAACCUGAGUCUCCAUUUGUCAGUCAUAUUUUUUUUUAAAUGUUUAACACAUUGAGUGGCAAUUAUUAUUUUGAAUUAAUUCCAGGAGUAACUGGCUUUCUGAACAAUAAAUCAUCAGCAUUUCAGAUAUUUUCAUCGACUAAAUAAUUAAGACAGAUUGAUUUUCAGGUGAAAAAUGUUUAAAUCACAGUUCUCGCCAGAGGAUGGAGAAGAUUAAAAGAACAUAAAACUUGGUAUCAGAUUUUGUCAAAUAAUUGACGAAACUAAAUGCAGUUCAAGAACUAUUAAACUACAAUAAAAAUGUGUAGCUGAAGACAUUUAUUUGUAUUCUGUAAGUGUUCAAUAUGUGCAGAUUUGUUGCAACUCUGGUAUCUGGAGCUCAGAUGAUACAGAUGAGCUACUGAUGAAUGAAUUGCCUGUACAGCAAAUUGCACAUAAGCAAGACGGUGAUUAUGGACGUGGUCGGUGCCAGUGGCUCUGU